AUGGAUAACUUUCUUGCCCCAUAUAGCACAGAAGCAAUGGCGCACUCCAGGCUCAGCGAGGACUGGUUAGACUGGGACAUCAGUCGCCCUUCAUUUGACGAGUCCCUUGUCGCCCACUGUGCCUCAUACCACGCGUUUGACCGUUAUUUAUCUGGAGAGGAUCUUUUCAUACCCCCUCGUUUUCCGAGCGAACUGGAACGAGUCCUACGUCGAUACGCAUACGACUCAAUUCAUAAUGCAAUCUCAAGAUCUCGUCAAACGCUAAAAGUCGGAGGAUACAGCAGGACUUGUCAUCUGGCAGAGCAGUCCAUCCGCAAUGUUUUAGACACAGAAGGCAAUGCAAGGAGAUUGCUCGCCUGGCACAAGCCC